AUGUCCACCAUCCCUUACUAUGCGCCACGUUGGGACUCGCAUCACAAGUGGGGCGACCGCAUCAGCGUGCUGGUUCCUGCACCAGUCAAAACUGCCUCCAAGGCAUUUAUUGACGAUGUUCUCUGUCCCAAGCUGAACGAGCUCUCUAGAGUGAGAGCAGGUGCGUGCAUAUACCUGGCUGGUACUCUUCUGCUUGAGCGAUCGUGGGGCCUUGGACAUCAGUCUGAGGUUUUUGAUGCUGAGAUGUUUGCCCUCGCUGCGGCGGCGGCUGUCACAAAGAACCAAAGCACUUAA